UGGAGGCGGAGGCAGAGGCAGCAAGCCCCAUUAUAAAAAGCCAUCAUAAAAGCGACUGAGCUCCGGUGGCGAGGGGACAGCGAGGGAACCGCGCGAGCCCGGCGCCCCCAGCCAUGGCUCCUCCACCUCUCCCGUGGCUGCUCCGCUUGGCUGCCCUCUGCCAUCUGACCGCGCUGCUGGCCGGACAGCACUUCGGUGUGAAGAAAUGCAACGUCACCUGCAACAAGAUGACCUCGGAGAUCCCGGUGGCCUUACUGGUCCACUACCAACGAAAUCAAGAGUCCUGCGGGAAGCCUGCCAUCAUCUUGAAGACGAAACAGAACAGAAUCUUCUGUGCUGAUCCAGAGGAGAGAUGGGUUCAGGAAGCCAUAGCAUAUCUAGAACACAAGAUUGCUGUUACAAUUCGAAAUGGCGGCACAUUCGAGAAGCAAAUUGGUGUGGGUGAGCCCAGGACCACCCCAGCCACCAGGGGAAUGGACAGGUCUGCGGUCACAGAGCCCAAAUCCACCCAGGAGAACAGUGGCCAGGAGGCACAGAGGGCCUCGGGAACUUCCCCAGAGCUGUCAACGGGAGUGGCUGAUUCCAGGGGGACCAGGUUCCCCUCCACUUCAAAGGCUCCGGAUGGAGGACCGCCAGCUGGGUCCCAGAAAACUGAGUUUUUCAACGCUGCUCCCCUCACUGCCACAACGUCCCAGCAGAGUUCUGCUGCCUACAAACCUGGGUCGGGCCCCUGGACUGAGGGAAAGGCAUCUGAGGCCCUCCCCACCCAGGCCUCCUCCACCCAGGCCCCCUCCACCCAGGCCCCCUCCACCCAGACCCCCGCCACCCAGGCCUCCUCCACCCAGGCCCCCCCCACCCAGGCCCCCUCCACCCAGACCCUCCCUACCCACGCUCCCCCUACCCAUGCCCCCCCUACCCACACCCCCACCAUUUCACACACAGCCUCAGAGAACAGGGUUGACCCCGAAGGCCAACAUGUGUGGAUCAAGGGAGACAAUCCCACACCAGAGAACUCUCUAGGGCCCAAGGAGAUGAGUCCCCUUUCAGCUCACAUGGAUGCUUUCAGGGGGCCUGAUCACACACCCCAUCUCUCCACAGUCCUUGUCUCCUCUCCAGGUGUCCCCAGCAGGGAGCCAGUAGCCUCAGGCAGCUGGGUCUCCAAGGCUGAGGAGCCCAUCCACGCUACCGUGGACCCCCAGAGGCUGGGUAUCCUCAUCACUCCUGUCCCCGACUCCCAGGCAGCUACCCGGAGGCAGGCAGUAGGGCUGUUGGCCUUCCUUGGCCUCCUCUUCUGCCUGGGUGUGGCCAUGUUUGCCUAUCAAAGCCUCCAGGGCUGUUCCCGCAAGAUGGCAGGGGACAUGGUGGAGGGGCUUCGCUAUGUCCCCCGGAGCUGUGGCAGUAACUCGUAUGUCCUGGUGCCCGUGUGAGCUGCCCACAUGCCUGCAUCCAGUUCAACUCAGACAGCUGCCUGGGGUCCCCCGUCCUCAUACCCACCCUCACCCAAGGGCCUGACCUGAGCCGGGAUGAUCAAAGCAAGGAGGCAGGAUCUUCCACAUGCAACUGCUCCCAGCUCCCGGGCAUAGCCCAGGAGGCCACUCCUGACCACUGUUGACCCCUCGGGGACAGAAGUAGUGGCCUCUGCAGUUCACUCCAACAUCCCCAAGUCAGGAACCUUCUGCUGCUGGCUGGUUAGAGGUUCCCUUUGACACAGUCCCAGACCCGAUGAACAAUUAUUUAUUGAAAAAUACCCAGCCCAUCUGGUUUCACGUCCCCAUGUGGUACCACGGUCACCCCGUCUCACCAGUGAGCCUCAGGCCAGGCCCCUUUUGCCCCCCUCCCUCAGUCAUCGUGUCUCUUGGUCCCACUGCGGUCGCCAGUCACCCCGGCCACCUGCGGUGCUAUCUCUACCCCCACCCUGCCCCCUGUACACGGCCCACACCCGGCCUGGGACCUGUCUUUUCCUGCAUGAGCCCAGUGUGGUGUUCCCUGGGCCUGCUCCCAGGAAGGCUCUGCCCUCAAGCACUUUGGGGAGGGCAGAUGAAGUGAUCCAGUGGCUUUGAUUAUUUUUCUUCUUCUCAGCUGAAGCCCUGUGGAAGGAACAUGGGCUGUGGGUGUGAAGGCUGGGCUUCUGGUCCCAGGUCCACCAACCCAGCAAGACGUCCAUACCUCUGGUUUUCCAUCUGUAUAAGGAAAGACACAUGGCAGAUGUAUGACAAUAACCUGCCCCCCAUGGACAUUGCUAACCAGUCCAGAGACUUCUUUUCAUGGAUGUGGGGUGUUCUCACCACAGAACACCUUAGCCUGUCUUCUCACCACAGAACACCUUAGCCCGUCUUCAUCCGGGGAGGCUGGCACAUUGGGGGUCCUGUGAUUCAGGGUGGGGGUAGGGGUGCAGGAAGUGUUCUGAAAUCCCAGAUCCUGCCCCCUGGGAGGGAGUCAACUCUGCGGGCCCCCUGAGCGGGGCUGGGCUGGCGUGCUUGAGGGGGCCCCUUACCCCUGCCUGGCUUUGAGAGCAGCCCUCCCAGCAUCCAGCGGGCUCACAGGGACGUGGAGACGGCUCGCCUUGACGCAGGACAGGCUGAGGAGGAGGGGAGGCCUGCAGGCUCCGGGGAAGGCUGAGGUGCUCAGGGAAAGGAAUCCGGGUUGGGGGCAGGUGGUGGUAGGAAGCUGCAGGGAGUAGCCCCAUGCCCUUGGCAGGGACUUGGGCCCAGCAUCUUCUGUUUCUUUCCUGUGGCCUGGCUUCCCCUUCCACCUCUCUCGCUCCCUCAAAACACUGCUGUCCCCAUUCUAGGAUCUUCCCUCACCUCCUGCCCACCACAGGCAGGGUCAGGGAUUUCCAGGACAUUUUCCAUGAGAUCAGAAGCCACCAUUGAAACCUGAAGUUUUGUGUUUACCUCUGAAAGAGACUCCGUCCUGUGGGGAGGGAAGUUGUGAGCACAAAAUCAGGGGUUCCCUUUUUGGCUGCUGGGGUUACAGGCCUCACCCCUCAGGGUCCCUGCUGGCAGCUCCCAACCUUCCUCUGAUUGUCCCCAUGGAUGACCGUUGCCUUCCACCUGGGGAGCCUCCCAGGGGCAGCCUAGGUGACACUCUAUUUGGCAGAGGGAUGGCCAGGGGAAGCAGACAGCCCUGGUCCACAGGGAGGGUGCAGCCAUGCUGUUGCAUGCCCCUCCACCUGGCCCUCCUGCACCCUCUGCUGGGCAUGACCUGGGAUACUGGGGCCUGGCUGGGUGGGUGGGGGGGUUGCACUCUGAAGGCUCAGAGGGUGGACCGCAGGUCUGAAUGCACUUUUUUGGGCUCCUCCAGGCUGGGAGAACCUCCAAGGGGUGGGCACCCAUGAUGGGGCCCACCCCACCCCUACUUUUGUGAGAAAGUAGCUGGGAGCAGCUAGUCACACUUCCAACGGAUUUGAUUAGUUCCCUCCAGCAGGACAAGGACAAUUUGGGGGGAACUUCAGAAGGAGUUGGUUGAUCCUUUUGCUUUUCCAACCCUAUCACCAAUGUCUGUUCCAUUUUGUAUUUUACUAAUAAAAUAGAAAAGUCUUGUGAAUGGAAUAAACUAGCUUUUUCUAGGGCAGGCUCAGCAACCAGAGCCUCAGGGGCAAUGGAACGAGGGAGGGGCCAGGAAUCUCUGGGUCCAGCCUCCCUAGGGCAGAACGGCUGGAACUUUUACAGUCAACAGAAGCAGCACUGGGAACAGGGGUGAGGAGGAUUGAGCCCCUGGCCUGGCUCUGUUCUGCCCAGCUGUGUGACAUUGGGCAGGGCCUUUACCUCUCUGAGCCUGUAUAAAAUCAGAUGUGAGAUUUCACCUAGUAGCUCCCAUCCCUGACAGGAAGCAGAAUCCUGUAUGAAGUCACCCCUGCCCUUCUCCAUGCCUACUAAACCACCAUCUUGGGGGCCUUGGUAUCACCAUUAGUGAUCUGAUGACCCAUGGGAGCAAAUGGGGCCACAUUUUCCUUUUUGCUGCCUUGACUCACUGCUGGUCCAGACAGAGAUCAAAGAGGGAUUAUUUCUCAAGGGACUCUGGUAUUCAUAGAUAUGACCCAAACACAAACCUCCUAGUAGUCCCUCAGACACCCAGUGUCCUGGGGUGGCAUCAUAAGGCUGUUAUGUACGUUUGUGCAGGUUGGGAACUGCACCAGGUGCCACAGGCCAAGUCCAGCCUAUGAUUAUACAGUAUUUCAUGGAUUCUAAGAUGCACAUUAUUUUCACAUUGUGAUGUCUUUGGAAUUGGGAUUUGUCUUACAAUCAAUAGCUUGUCAUAGUUUAAAUGAUAGGUCUUGUAUUCUUUACUGGUAGUUUAUUAAAUUAAACUAAUUUAAAUUAACCUAAU